CGCCUCUCGUGUGCGUCAUCGCGGCGCGCCGCGCCUGGUGGCUCUGGGAAGCUAGGGGCCCGCACAGAUGGCGGCGGCGGUGCGCGACGGCGACCCCGGGCCUGCACAGGAGCUGUUGGUGGCCUGGAACACCGUGAGCACCGGGCUGGUGCCGCCGGCCGCCUUGGGACUGGCGUCCUCCCGGACCAGCGGUGCGGUGCCGCCAAAGGAGGAGGAGCUCCGGGCGGCGGUGGAGGUUUUGAGGGGCCACGGUCUGCAUUCGGUCCUGGAGGAGUGGUUUGUGGAGGUGCUGCAGAACGACCUGCAGGCCAACAUCUCCCUCGAGUUCUGGAAUACCAUCUCCCAGCGUGAGAACUAUGCAGACGAGCCUCAGUGCCUUCUGCUUCUCCUUGACGCUUUCGGCCUGUUGGAGAGCCGGCUGGAUCCCUACCUGCAUAGUCUGGAGCUGCUGGAGAAAUGGACUCGCCUGGGCUUGCUGAUGGGCGCAGGCGCUCAGGGGCUGCGGGAAAAAGUCCACACCACGUUGCGGGGCGUCCUGUUCUUUUCCACUCCCAGAACCUUUCAGGAGAUGAUUCAGCGCCUCUACGGCCGCUUUUUGAGAGUGUACAUGCAGAGUAAGCGGAAGGGGGAAGGGGGCACAGACCCGGAACUGGAGGGAGAAUUGGACAGCAGGUACGCCCGGCGUCGGUACUACCGGCUUCUGCAGAGCCCGCUAUGUGCGGGAUGCGGCAGCGACAAACAGCAGUGCUGGUGCCGCCAGGCCCUGGAGCAGUUUCACCAGCUCAGCCAGGUCCUACACAGGCUCAGUCUGUUGGAGCGGGUCAGUGCCGAGGCUGUGACCACCACCCUGCACCAGGUGACCAGGGAGAGGAUGGAGGACCGUUGCCGAGGCGAGUAUGAGCGCUCCUUUCUGCGUGAGUUCCACAAGUGGAUCGAGAGGGUGGUGGGCUGGCUGGGCAAGGUAUUCCUGCAGGAUGGUCCAGCCAGGCCUGCAUCCCCUGAGGCUGGCAACACACUGCGUCGCUGGCGCUGCCACGUGCAGAGGUUCUUCUACCGAAUCUACGCCAGCCUACGCAUCGAGGAGCUCUUCAGCAUCAUCCGAGACUUCCCGGACUCGCGGCCAGCCAUCGAGGACCUCAAGUACUGUCUGGAGAGGACUGACCAGAGGCAGCAGCUGCUCCUGUCCCUCAAGGCUGCCCUGGAGACACGCCUCCUCCAUCCAGGUGUGAACACGUGCGACAUCAUCACCCUUUAUAUAUCUGCCAUCAAGGCCCUGCGUGUACUAGACCCAUCCAUGGUCAUUCUGGAGGUGGCCUGUGAGCCCAUUCGCCGCUACCUGAGGACACGGGAGGACACGGUGCGGCAGAUUGUGGCUGGGCUGACGGGGGACUCAGACGGGACAGGGGACUUGGCUGUUGAGCUGUCCAAGACAGAUCCGGCGAGUCUGGAGACAGGUCAGGACAGUGAGGAUGACUCUGGCGAGCCCGAGGACUGGGUCCCCGACCCCGUGGAUGCUGAUCCAGGGAAGUCCAGCUCCAAGCGGCGCUCCUCGGACAUCAUCAGCCUGCUGGUCAGCAUCUAUGGCAGCAAGGAUCUCUUCAUCAACGAGUACCGCUCGUUGCUAGCUGACCGCCUUCUGCACCAGUUCAGCUUCAGUCCUGAGCGGGAGAUCCGCAAUGUGGAGCUGCUGAAGCUGCGCUUUGGCGAGGCUCCGAUGCACUUCUGUGAGGUCAUGCUGAAGGACAUGGCGGAUUCCCGUCGCAUCAAUGCCAACAUCCGUGAGGAGGACGAGAAGCGGCCCGCAGAGGAGCAGCCGCCUUUUGGGGUCUAUGCCGUCAUCCUGUCCAGCGAGUUCUGGCCGCCCUUCAAGGACGAGAAGCUGGAGGUCCCCGAGGACAUCAGGGAGGCCCUUGAGGUCUACUGCAAGAAGUAUGAGAAGCUGAAGGCCAUGCGGACCCUCAGCUGGAAGCACACCCUGGGUCUGGUGACCAUGGACGUGGAGCUGGCCGACCGCACCCUGUCUGUGGCAGUGACUCCUGUGCAGGCGGUGGUCCUGCUGUACUUCCAGGACCAAGGGAGGCUCGGCCUCGCCCUGUGUGCCCAGUGCUCGCGGCUACUCCACACAGCCAGCUGGACCCUGGAGGAGCUGAGCAAGGUGGUGAAGAUGCCCGUGGCCCUGCUGCGGCGGCGCAUGUCGGUGUGGCUGCAGCAGGGCGUGCUGCGUGAGGAGCCUGCCGGGACCUUCUCUGUGGUGGAGGAAGAGCGGCCCCAGGACCGGGACAGCAUGGUGCUCAUCGACAGCGACGAGGAGAGCGACUCGGGCAUGGCCUCGCAGGCGGACCAGAAGGAGGAGGAGCUGCUGCUUUUCUGGACGUACAUCCAGGCCAUGCUGACCAACCUGGAGAGCCUCUCGCUGGAGCGCAUCUACAGCAUGCUCCGCAUGUUUGUGGUGACCGGCCCCGCGCUGGCCGAGAUUGACCUGCAGGAGCUGCAGGGCUUCCUGCAGAAGAAGGUGCGUGACCAGCAGCUGGUCUACUCGGCCGGCGUCUACCGCCUGCCCAAGAGCUGCAGCUGAUGCCCCCCACGGGGCCCUUCCCGCACCAUCCACCCCACCCACCCCCCGCCCCUGCCCAGCCCCCAGAGUGCAGAGUAAAGCAAAUGGUUCU